AAGAGAAGGCGGCCCCCCUCUCUCGGCCCGGCCAUCUUGUGGGAAGAGCUGAAGCAGGCGCUUUUGGCUCGGCGCGGUCCGCUGCAAUCCGUGGAGGAACGCGCCGCCGAGCCACCAUCAUGCCUGGGCACCUACAGGAAGGCUUCGGCUGCGUGGUCACCAACCGAUUCGACCAGCUAUUUGACGACGAAUCGGACCCUUUCGAGGUACUGAAGGCAGCAGAGAACAAGAAAAAAGAAGCCGGCGGGGGCGGCGUUGGGGGCCCCGGGGCCAAGAGCGCGGCUCAGGCCGCGGCCCAGACCAACUCCAACGCGGCGGGCAAACAGUUGCGUAAAGAGUCCCAGAAAGACCGCAAGAACCCGCUGCCCCCCAACGUCGGCGUGGCCGACAAAAAGGAGGAGACGCAGCCGCCGGUGGCGCUUAAGAAAGAAGGAAUAAGGCGAGUUGGAAGAAGACCUGAUCAACAACUUCAGGGUGAUGGGAAAAUAAUUGAUAGGAGAGUAGAAAGGCGACCACCCCGUGAGAGAAGAUUUGAAAAGCCACUUGAAGAAAAAGGUGAAGGAGGUGAAUUUUCAGUUGAUAGACCGAUUAUUGAACGGCCUAUCCGAGGCCGAGGUGGUCUUGGAAGGGGUCGAGGAGGCCGUGGACGUGGAAUGGGCCGAGGCGAUGGAUUUGAUUCUCGUGGCAAGCGUGAAUUUGAUAGGCAUAGUGGAAGUGAUAGAUCUUCUUUUUCACAUUACAGUGGCCUGAAGCAUGAGGACAAACGCGGAGGUAGCGGAUCUCACAACUGGGGAACUGUCAAAGAUGAAUUAACAGAGUCACCCAAAUACAUUCAGAAACAAAUAUCUUAUAAUUGCAGUGAUUUGGAUCAAUCAAAUGUGACUGAGGAAACACCUGAAGGUGAAGAGCACCCUGUGGCAGAUACUGAAAAUAAGGAGAACGAAGUUGAAGAGGUUAAGGAAGAGGGUCCAAAAGAGAUGACUUUGGAUGAGUGGAAAGCUAUUCAAAAUAAAGACCGAGCAAAAGUAGAAUUUAAUAUCCGAAAACCAAAUGAAGGUGCUGAUGGACAAUGGAAGAAGGGAUUUGUUCUGCAUAAAUCAAAAAGUGAAGAGGCUCAUGCUGAAGAUUCAGUUAUGGACCAUCAUUUCCGGAAGCCAGCAAAUGAUAUAACAUCUCAACUGGAGAUCAAUUUUGGAGACUUAGGCCGCCCAGGACGUGGUGGCAGAGGAGGACGCGGUGGGCGUGGACGUGGUGGACGUCCAAACCGUGGCAGCAGGACUGAUAAGUCAAGUGCUUCUGCUCCUGAUGUAGAUGACCCAGAGGCAUUCCCAGCUCUGGCCUAACUGGAUGCCAUAAUACAACACUGGUUCCUUUGUGGACCCUCCUGUUAAAAGCUUUUGCAUGCUUAAGGAUCCCAAACAACUAAGAAUUAAAAAAAAAAAAAAAAAGGACUGUCAUUCAUACCAUUCACACCUAAAGACUGAAUUUUAUCUGUUUUGAAAACGAACUUCUCUAGCUACACAGAAGUAACAAAAUAUGUUAGUCAGUUUUGUAUUUAGAAAUGUAUUGGUAGCAGGGAUGUUUUCAUAAUUUUCAGAGAUUAUGCAUUCUUCAUGAAUACUUUUGUAUUGCUGCUUGCAAAUAUGCAUUUCCAAACUUGAAAUAUAGGUGUGAACAGUGUGUACCAGUUUAAAGCUUUCACUUCAUUUGUGUUUUUUAAUUAAGGAUUUAGAUGUUCCUUCAAUUACAAGCUGGUUUUAAAUAUUGGACAUAAUACUGGUUUUAAUACCUGCUUUUCAUUUUCACACAUGGUCAGCUGGGACAUGUAAACUUCUGACUUAAAAGAUUUUCUGCUGUGUGGAAUACUAACCACUAUGUAUUUUAACUAUAUUUUCAUCUGGAAGUUGAAAAUUUCUUUUCACAUCUUAUGAUAGCUGAUAUAUACUAAAUCUUUAUACAGAAAUGUCAGUACUUGAACAAAUUCAAAACAUUGGUUUAUUAACGUUUGGCUCAUGCAUGGUUUAUUAGGUUCCGAUUAUACCUGAUUCACCUAUAUUUACUUUUAAAAUGUAUGGCUUCCUCAUUUUAAAAGUAAAACUAAACACUGCUUUUGGAACUUGUAAACUACUUAUUGUUGAUAGAUACAGCCUGUGUUCAGUGAAAUCGUUUUGUGGGUGUGGGUUUUAUCUUUCCUUGAACAAGGUGGGCAGAGUACGUUAGUUAAUGCCUAAUAGUUAAACUUGUAUAAAAUAAGAGGCUAGCCAUUUGGUAUUUGUGUAUGAAAGCCCCCAAAAUCAAAAUGUGUAUCCAUAGUCAACAAUCUUUAUUUGGUUUUAUAAAAACAAAAGGGCACUCAUUGGUAAGUGUGUUGAGAUAGAAAAGUAUCUUAAGUUUUAGUAUUUCAAAGCCAGCUUUAAUUUGGAACAGCACCACCAUCCAUAAAAUUCAAAACAAGUUAUCUUGUUUAUGAACUUCUUAUAUGUUAUAAUAUGGUCUUGAGUUGUUAGUGUUACAUCAGUUUUCAUUUCCUCUACUAGAAAAUAGGUAAUUGAUAAAUUCUUUGAACAGAAGCAUCACUGCUUAUUAAAAAGUUAGAUAUAUAGAAUGAUUAAAAAUCCAGGUUUUCUAGGAUAUUUUUAUUCACAUUUAUUGAUUAAAUAGGGAAGGAAUUUUAUUCAAAGCUUUAAAGACUAGUCACUCAUCAGUUUUUUUUUAAACCUCUGUUGUAAUUAUAAAAAUACUGGAGAUCUUUUUUGCUAGUUAGGUGAUUGGUUUCAUGUACACAUCUAAAAGCUACUAUAUAGUACAUUUACUCAAUGCAUUUAUUAAUCUUGUUGCCAGCAAGUCUGACAGCUUGGUUUUUGUUUUUUUAAUAGACUUGAGCUGGUGGCUUACAUGUUCUGUACUAGUGCUGCUUGAAGUUUCACAUGUUCAGACCCCUGCUUUUCAGAGGCAAGGAUUAGUCCAUUUAGACUUGUUGGCUCCUUUGAGAUUGUAGCAUAUGCUCCCUUAAGUCAGUAUGCUUAAACUUUAAAGUAUCUUAGUUUUUGUUUUAAUAGUAACAUCUUUACAGAUUUUUAGCAACGUGUUGUAUAAAACACCUGCUCUUAGAAGCACAAGUUUUACUCACUGAGUCACUGUAACCAGAAAACAUAGCAGCAUUUAUUUUAUUGCACAUUCAGAGUAAGCUGAAUAUGAAGGUGGUUAAUUCUGUCUGAUACCUGUGAAUUUCCUUUCAGAAUCACUUUAUGUUAAGAGCUAAACGUAAACUUUUUGUUGAAAAUAACAAUUUAUUUUCAUGCUCAUUUCCUAAAAGAUAAAAGCAAUCAAGUGGGAACCCCU